AUGGAAGUAGACGUUAGACAACCAGAGCAUGGCCUAGCCAGCAGCAGCAGCACCAUUGGUCGCCUUGGCUGCGGUACCUGCAGCAGCACUAACAGCAGCAACAGCAGCAGUGCCUGCAGUAGUAUCGUUUGCCUCAGGAGCAGCAGCAACAACAACAGACACAGCAGUAGUAACGACAGCAGCAACAGCAGCAACAGCAACACGGGAGCCCAGGAGUGUCUGCUGCUGCAGCGUUUAAGUGAUUCGCUGCUGCUGAAUGUGCUGCAGCUGCUGCCGCCAUUAGAGUUAGCUGUUUCUUUACCCUUUGUAUGUAAGCAGCUGCGGCUGCUGUCCUCUUCCUCCUACUUGUGGCAGCAGGUGCUGCGGCCUCCUGCUGCAGCACGACGCAGCGGCAGCAGCAGCGGCAGCAGCAACAACCCUACGAGGGAAGCGUUCAUAGCACAGUGCAAGGAGGAGGCUCAGAGGAAAAAGCUGCGGUCGCAGCUGCUGCAGCAGCAACAGAAUCAGCUUUUGCUGCUGCAGCAGGAGCAGCAGAAGCAGCAGCAAUGGUUCGGCUCAUUCAAAAGACGUCGGCAUGGGAGCAGCAGCAGUAGCAGCAGCAGCAGCAGCAGCAGCGGCGAAAUAGAUGAGGCUCUUGUUCAGUUCUUGGAAAUGCAAGCAGCAAUGCAACUUCAGCAGCAGCAGCAACAGCAGCAGCAGCGGCAGCAGCGCUUGCAGAUUGCGCAGCGCGAGGUAAUGCAGGAUCAUCUGCACCACCAGCAGCCCCAACAGGGAGCAGCAGCAGCAACUGCAGCAGCAGCAGCUGCUGCUGCUGCUGCGAGUCCCGUGGCUGCCAUUGUGGACACAACAACAGCUCGCGGUGGCCACUCCUCUUCAUCCACCCCUUCAUCACCAACAGCAGCAACAGCAGCAACAGCAGCUGCAGCAGGUCACGUAUGCUCUGGUAGCCGCUGCAGCAUUGAGGCAUUAGGGGGGGAGAUGUAUCGCUGCAGCGAGAGCGGCUUGCUGCACUUCUGCGGCUCUCGUUGCAUGCGCAUGGAAGCAGCAGAAGAAGUGGGGUUUGUUGUAUGUCCUAUAUCGGGUAUUAUGACGGAUAUAGCAGGCUGCUAUGCUGCUGCUUCUGCUGCAGCAGCCGCAGCAGCUGCUGCUGCUGCUGAGCACAAACACCUACUCAGCAGCGCCGCCGCCCACGCAGAUAACGGUGGAGGCGACCCCAAUACAGCAGCUGCUGCUGCAGCUGCAGCUGCAGCUGCUGAGAGGCAGUUAAGGGGAGCAGCCUUGCUGCAUGAGCUGGCAAGCUUGCUGCAGCAGCAGCAGGCAGAAGCAGCAGCAGCAACAGAUGAUGAUGAACCUUUUGACGCCUUUUGCGAGGCAGCAGCACCGCAGCGCUGGAGGUGCAAGCGGAGCACUCUGCGGCGUAAAGGCUGCAGACGCACUUGA